UUGGAUGUUGGAUGUUGGAUGUUGAUGUUGAUGGUGUUCUCGUCAAGCUCGUAUCCCCAACGUCAUAAAUUAUCGCCCGAAAGGAUGGAGAAAUUUUGUCCCACCCAGAACAGAACGACCCAUUUGAUCUUGUCGGGUGAUGUAUCAGAUCACGAGUCAACAUCGAGACUACUAAUAUAUUUCUGCCGACAAUUUAUACCCGUUACCUUCACCGUGCCUUAAAGUAGGCACUCUCUGUCGAUGCCUCCUCGAUAACCACACGUCUUGUGCUCAUGCGACUCGAUCGCGGUGUAUUCACCGCAGGCCGCGCCACCUGGACGUGUGCUCGGUGCAAGACCUCACAAUCACGACUCGAUGAUUUGCGGCGAGAAUUUAGCUCCUACAGGCGACCGAUAAAGGUGGUUCGACCCAGGAAGGCUGUCUACUGGGCCGCAGCUGGUGGUGCAUUGGGCGGAAGUUUACUGUUCUUCACGGAUGAUAUCAAGCAUGGCUGGCACGCUGCGGCGAGGACCGGAAGAGUCGUGACGACCUUGGCCGUGUGUAUUAAUGACUACCGCACGACAUUGAAACAAGACCUCGGCGAUCCAGAAGAAGAAACCCGCCUCCUCAAAGCCUGCCACAAACGAUGUGCCGAUCGAACGUUGAAAGUACUGGAGAAGAAUGGCUCCAUAUUCAUCAAACUUGGCCAACACCUGUCUUCGAUGGGAUAUCUCUUGCCUACCGAAUGGACCGAAACAUUCGUCCCAUUGCAGGACAAGUGCCCUGUCUCAUCCUACGAAUCGAUCGAAGACAUGUUUAUGCGAGACACCGGACAUCGGAUAGAGGAUGAGUUUGCAGAGUUUUCAAGAGAGCCUAUAGGUGCAGCGUCGUUGGCGCAGGUUCACAUUGCAAGAUUAAAAGAUAGCGACCAGAAGGUGGCCGUCAAAGUACAACAUCCCACCUUGGAAGAGUGGGUGCCGCUGGACCUGGCCUUGACGAGGUUUUCUUUUCGGACGCUGAAGAAGGCGUUCCCAGAAUACGACAUGGAGUGGUUGAGUCAAGAGAUGGAUUUUUCUCUGCCGCAGGAGUUGGACUUCAGGCUUGAAGGGGCAAACGCGACAAGAGCGAGGGAUUACUUUUCCAGACACACCAAAUUUCCGCUUAUCAUACCAAAGGUCAUAUCGGCGAGCAAGCGAAUUUUGGUCAUGGACUUUGUGGCUGGGGCCAGAGUUGAUAGUGUGGAAUACUUUGAAAAACACCACAUCUCCAGAGACGAAGUGUCGGCAACGCUGGCAAGGAUAUUCAACGUCAUGAUCUUCCAGAGCAAUGCACCUCUCCAUUGCGAUCCUCACGGAGGGAAUAUCGCCGUCCGACACAACCCUCACAGGCGAUAUCCAUACAAUUUCGAUGUUAUUCUUUAUGACCACGGCCUCUACCGGGUGCCUGAUAACAAACUGAGGAGAGACUAUGCAAGGUUAUGGCUGGCCGUGAUUAACGCAAACGAAGAUGAGAUGCGGAAAUACGCUUACGAAGUGGCUGGCAUAACAGAUGAACAGUUUCCUCUCUUCGCAUCCGCCAUUACCGGUCGAGAUUACCGAGUCUUGACCAACAAGAAAGUGGCAACAUCAGCACGCGAUGCGCAGGAAAAGGAGAACAUCAACGAGGUGUUUGGGGAAGACCUUUUGCAACAGCUUGUCCAGUUGCUUGGAAAUGUUCCUCGGAUCAUCCUUCUGAUCCUCAAAACCAACGAUUUAACUCGAAGUCUGGACGAAUCCUUGGGCUCAAAGCAGCCCAUGCGACCGAUGAUGAUUCUUGCUAAAUUUGCAAGCCUGACCGUCUGGGAGGAAGAGAAAGAGAAGAUCCGCCAACGCGGAGGACUCCUCAACCCCAGAAACUUCUGGCCACUGCUCAAAGCGUGGCUGACCCAUAUGCGAAUCGAGGUGAAACUGUUUGGGUAUGAGCGGUACUUGUCUCUACGGCGGCAUUUGCAUCUCGAUGGGUGAGGCACCAAAAUAAUGCUGCGAGAGUGUUAUUUGGUACGCCGUUCGUUGCCGCUGAUUGAGACUUGAUUCAUCAACUUUAGCGAGGCGCAUCUUCUUUUGGUCGUGGGAGGGUACAUAGACAUAGCGUACAUUUGACAUAGCCGGUGCCAUCACAAUGCGGGCAUGACGACAACGCGUUCAGCUUGUAUAUGAAGCUACCAAACUUUGGCGGCGCUUUUCCUGGGUUCACGUCUGACUUUACGGCCGUCUAUGCACGAGGAAUCGCAAAGCAUGCCGCCAUAAGAGACUGGAGAGCUAGCGGGCAAGUGCAU